UUGAAAAUCUUCGAGUGGUGUAUUUCAUGGAGGGCCGAACGAUGACGGUCAGCAACUCUCCGACCGCAACACCAGGGAGCCCGCAGGCGAAGUGCGUCGACGACGUGACGAAUGUAGUGAGAGCAGUCGGAGUAGAAGCAGCCUUGAACUCUACCCCUGCUGCCGGAGGAGGAAUGAACGGGGCUGUGGGUUCGGAAAUAAUGGUAAAGAAGAGAAGAGGGAGGCCUCGCAAGUACGGCACAAAUGGGAACCUGUUUUCUCCGGCGUCGGCGCCGUCACGAUCUUCCAAUUACUCGUUUGGGAGCUCUAUGAAACGAAGUAGAGGAAGGCCUCGUGGUUCAGGGAGAUUACAACUUUUGGCGUCCAUUGGUGGAGUUGUUGCAGACACUGCUGGUGGAGGCUUCACUCCUCAUGUCGUUACUGUGAAUACUGGCGAGGAUGUGGUGAGCACAAUAUUAUCAUUUUCUCAGAAAGGCCCUCGAGCUGUUUGCGUCCUUUCUGCUACCGGUGUAGUUUCCAGUGUCUUCAUUCGCCAAUCUGGUGCUGUUAGGCGAUUUGAGGGCCUCUUCGAGAUUAUAUCGUUGACUGGAUCAUAUACCGUGGCUGCUCGACGCAGAAGUGGCAUGUUCUGCGUUUCUCUGGCUAAACCUGAUGGCAGGAUCUUUGGAGGUGGGGUUGAGGGCUCAUUGAUAGCUGCUGGACCUAUUCAAAUAAUAUUAGGAAGUUUCAAGCCAAAUAUCAGUAAGGAGAUUCAAAGGAGACAUUCAGCUGUGUCUCCUGCUCUUCUCGACAUGCCAGGUCAUCCUGAAAUGGUAGAAAGUGAACAGAAGGAACCGGUGCGGACAGCUAAUGGAUUAUUCGACAACGUCAAUCCGGCAACAAGCAACGGGAUAGCAAACGAUGUGGUUCCUGCAAGUCAGAAUAUGCCCUCUGCCUCUUCAAAUGGUACUCACAUGGACUCUCAGCUCAUCGCUGGCCAUGAAGAGUCCACCGAUAUGGGGAUCAGCGACCCCCAGUUAUGAAGAGAUCAGGGAAAGCCGGUGGCAAUGGAUGGAACUUUUGGAACAUGGAAAUGGGAUAUUGGUUCGCGUGUUUUAUUUAUUUUAAUUUAAUUUGUGCUUGGCUGUCUAGAUAUAUAUAAUUCGUGUAAGCAUAUUACAGCUUUACUUGAGACAUGACAUUGCAA